AUGCCAGCGUUCGGCUUGGACAUUGCCCAUCCUGCAUCAGUACGAACAUACCGAGUGACUGUGGCAACUGGGCAACAGUCAGUGGAGAAUUUGGACUCCAAUGUGCAUAUAAAUAUCUUUGGCAGUAUGGGUGAUACAGGCAUUCGAAGCCUACGCAAAAAAGGCGCGUUUUCACGAGGAAAGGUUGAUGAAUUCCUAAUCGAGGCGGUCUCCUUGGGGAGGCUGGAAAAGAUACGAAUCGGUCACAGUGGCAAAACUGUGACACCAACGUGGUUUUUGGACAGAGUGACUGUGGAAGAGGUGGGAAAUUCGGCCAACAAAGUUGUGUUUGAAGUACAUAAUUGGUUGGCUACUCGAGGAUUGGACGGUGUGUGCGAGGAGGAACUCUAUCCCACGCAGUGGACAGAAAGUGAGUUUGUAUAA